UUAAAUAAUGGUACCUCCGAAGUGAUUAUUCAUGGUCUUGGUGCUGCUGUACAAAGAGCAUGUAGCUUGGCUCUACAAUUAAAGAAGAAUCAUUAUGAUAGCAUAGAAUUAGAAGUCAAGACUUCUACGAUAUCUAUUAUUGAUGAUUUUGAACCUGUUAAUGAUAACGCAGGUUAUGAAGUAAUUAAUCGAAAAAACUCAGCAGUACAUAUUCGAGUGUUUCGAAAAUUUUCACUACGUACCCUUAAAUAUCAAGAAUAAAAUAUAACUUUCUAAAAAAUACUCAAGAUUCUUUAGUAAAAACAAUUUACAAUAAGUAACAAAAGACAACUGAUAAUAUAAUAAAUGAAAACAUAAAAUCAAAUUGAUAAUUAGAUAUUUCAUAAUUUUUAGAUACUAUAAUUAGAUAUUUUUCAUUGCUUUAAAAUGAUAUUUACUUUAAAUGAAUUAGAACAUUGGUUGGGACUGACCAUUUUUGAAAUGUGGAUAAAUUUAGUUUCAUUAACAAUUUUCUCAGUGUUACUAGCUCUCAGAUUGGACGAAAAUUAUUUCCUGGGCAAUACAGGAUGGUGGAUAGUAUUCUCACCACUUUUUGUUGCUGAUGGUCUGAAUGCUUAUUUUUGUGCAAUUAUUUUCAUAAGAAUGCAUAUGGAAGGAAUGGUCAAAGCUGCUGUUUUAAGAGGAUUAUGGAGUCUCAUAUUGUUGAUCUUAAUAUUUGUUUUUAAAUAUCUCCUGUGUAGAAAGCUAUCAGGACAAAGUCCUUUAGAAUAUUCAGAAGUUUUGAGCCCCCUAUUUAUUCUUUUGCAAUUAAUUGCAGUUAGAGCAUGUCAACUUCAUUAACUUCUAUAGCAUAUUAUUACAUACAUAAGGUCAUAACAUACUUUUCAUCAUAAUCCAUUACCAAAUGUACACAGGCAGAAAAUGUAUUUACCGUUUUACUAUUUCUAAAAGUUUAUUAUUAAAGUAAAUAAGCUUAUAAUGUGUAGUAAAAUAUCUAAGAAAUAAA